UCAGGGACCGCCCCCCGCCUGCCAUGCUCCGGUCCGCGGUGGGGCGGGCAGCGGCAGCGUCGGCGGCGCCCGGCCAUGUCGGAAGACGGCGAGGAAGAUCUGGCGGCCUUCGUGGCCCUGCACGGGGCCGCCCUCCGCGCCUCGGGGGUGCCGGCGCGCUACUGGGAGAGCCUGUGCCGCAAACUGCGUGGAGAGGUAUUUGAUGCUGGUGACUACUUUGGAAUAAUGCAAGUAGAAGAGGUGGAUGAGGAGGAAGAAGGUGAUGAAGAAAUGGAAGAAGAAUUAAAAAAGAAACCAAAUCCUGGAAAUGAACCUUGUUUCAAAGUUAUCGUAACAAAUGAGAAUGGGCUUCAAGCCUCCAAUCCAAAUAGCAUUUUCCUCAUCGACCACGCCUGGACGUACCGUGUUGAACAUGCCCGCCAGCAGCUGCUUCAUGUACCUGGCUUGCUGCACAGGAUGACAAAUCUCAUGGGAAUCGACUUUCACGGAGAGAUCCCAGAUGAGGGCAGUAUUGAGCAAGUGUUGCGCGAAAUGUGGAAAUACAAUCAGACCUACCAGCUUUCUCAAGGGACUGCAGAGGAGAAGGUUCCUGUCUGGUACAUUAUGGAUGAAUUUGGAUCACGCAUUCAGCAUUCAGAUCAGCCUAGUUUUGCAACAGCACCUCUGUUUUAUAUGCCUCAACAAAUUGCUUACACUGUUCUCUGGCCUUUGAGAGACCUUGAAACUGGUGAUGAAGUGACUCGUGAUUAUGCUUAUGGGGAGACAGAUCGCUUGAUCAGGAAGUGUGUUUUGUUGCCAUGGGUGCCUACUGAAGUGUUGGAUGUCAACUGUUUUACACCAGAGCCAUCAGAUGAGCAUUACCAGGCUAUUUUAGCAGAAAACAAGGAAAAACUGCCUGUAGCGAUAAAUCCACCAGUUUAUGACAAAGACAAAGUUUUCAAGGUUUUCACAGACAUUCAGCAAGUCCUAAACAACCUGACACAUCCCCGUUUUGUAUUCACAGACAACGAGGGAGAAGCAGACAUCCUCUACAACUUCUCACACUUCAAAGACUACAGGAAGCUAAGUGAGGAAAGGCCUGAGGUAAUGCUGAAUCAGUUCCCGUGUGAGAACCUCCUGACUGUCAAAGACUGCCUGGCAUCCAUUUCUAGACGAGCUGGAGGACCAGAUGGGCCAAGAUGGUUGCCUCGUACUUUUAACCUCCAAACAGAAUUGCCUCAGUUCAUCAGCUACUUUCAGCAACGUGACAGAAGAGGAGAAGACAAUCACUGGAUAUGCAAACCAUGGAACCUGGCCCGAAGCCUGGACACCCACAUCACCAACAGCCUUAACAAUAUCAUCAGGCAUAGGGAAAGCAGCCCAAAGGUAGUGUGCAAAUAUAUUGAGAAUCCAGUCUUGUUUCACCGCGAAGACGUGGGGAUGGUUAAAUUUGACAUCCGUUAUGUUGUAUUGCUGCGGUCCAUAAAACCACUCAAGCUGUACAUCUAUGAUGUAUUCUGGCUGCGCUUUUCAAAUCGGGCAUUUUCACUUGAUGACUUGGAUGACUAUGAGAAGCAUUUCACAGUCAUGAAUUACGCUCCUGGCGUAACAUUAAAACAGGUACACUGUGAAGAAUUUAUUCCUCUCUUUGAAAAACAAUAUCCUGAAUACCCUUGGACAACAGUACAAGCAAAUAUUUUUAAGGCAUUUGCUGAAUUGUUCCAAGUUGCUUCAGCUAAACCUGCGCCUCUUGGCAUCUGCGAUUAUCCAUCAUCAAGAGCAAUAUAUGCCGUUGACUUGAUGCUUAAAUGGGACACCAGCAGAGAUGGAAAAAGAAUUAUGCAGCCUCAGAUCCUGGAGGUGAACUUUAAUCCUGACUGUGACAGAGCCUGCAAAUACCACCCUACCUUUUUUAAUGAUGUCUUCAGCACCCUAUUUCUGGAUGAAACAGACAGCUGCCACGUGACGUGCAUUGUCUAGCCACAGGAGGCUUGACUCUAUUAAUUUCCUUCCCAGAUAUGCUUAACAGCAAGAUUUAUAUUUCAGUUCUAUGAGCUGCCGAUGCAACUAUUUUCCUAUACUGGCAACCCAGGAAAAAAAAUUUAUAUUAGAAAAAUAUGCAUAUACUGUAUUGAUAAUCAUUUUGUCUGCAUUUUUCUUGUCUUGCUUUGUUCUAUAAAUCAUUGUUUUGUGUUGACCAAAUGUCUUGUUUAUUGAAUAUGGGAGACCUCAAAAUAGGACAGUAACUGGAGCAAUUGACUUGUUUUUCAGGUAGCCUGAUUGCUUGCUUGCUGGGAAACACUGCACAAGUUCCCCAUGUCAACAUUAAAACUGUACUUUACUGAA